AUGGUCAAAAAAAACAUCACCAUCGCGAUUAUCAUCAUCAUCCUCUUCAUCAUCCUCGCUCUGGCCGGCUUCGGCAUCUACGCCAUGCAAAACCACGUCCUCUUCUUUAAGAAACGGGCUGUUGAUGAGGAGACUGCUGAAGAGGGGGGGUAA